AUGUCCACCCCCGCCCUCUUCCAGCCCAUCCAGAUCGGCGACGCGAAGCUGAGCAACCGCGUCGUGCUCGCGCCCCUCACGCGUUUCCGCGCGGACAACGCGCAUGUGCCCACCGACCUCGGGCUCGAGUACUACAAGCAGCGCUCGAGCGUGCCCGGCACGCUCCUCAUCACCGAGGCCACGUACAUCACCGCGCAGGCGGGCGGGAUGCCCAACGCGCCGGGGAUCUGGAGCGACGCGCAGAUCGCGGCCUGGAAAAAGAUCACGGACGCCGUCCACGCGAACAAGUCGUUCAUCUACUGCCAGCUGUGGGCCCUCGGACGCGCCGCGCGCCCCGCCGCGCUGCACCAGGAGAGCCCCGACUACCCGUACAUCUCGGCGUCGCCCAUCGGGCUGAGCACGAGCCCCGACGACGUGCCGCGCGCGCUGACUCUCGAUGAGAUCAAGGAGUACGUCGGGUGGUACGCCACCGCAGCGAAGAAUGCGAUCAAGGCCGGCUUCGAUGGCGUGGAGAUUCACGGCGCGAACGGAUACCUCGUGGACCAGUUCCUCCAGGACGUCUCGAACAAGCGCACGGACGCGUACGGCGGCCCUAUCGAGAACCGGGCACGGUUCGCGCUCGAGGUCACCGAGGCCGUUGUCGCGGCUGUCGGCCAGAAGAAGACCUCGAUCCGUCUGAGCCCAUGGAGCCAGUACCAAGAUAUGCGCGAGGAGCACCCGGUCCCGACGUUCUCGUACCUCGUCGAGCAGUACAAGCAGAAGUACCCCGACCUGGCAUACAUCCAUGUCGUCUCCCCCGGCGGCCCCGGUAACGAGGGUCCCAAGGAUGGUUCGGACCCUGAUUUCAUCCUCAAGUUGUGGGCGCCCCGACCGGUCAUUACGACCGGCGGCUACGACCGCGAGUCCGGCCUCAAGGUCGCGGAGGAGACGGGCCAGCUCAUUGGCUACGGCCGCGCUUUCCUGUCAAACCCCGACCUUGUGUUCCGCCUAGAGAAGAACAUCAAGCUGAACGAGCCCGAGUAUGACACGUUCUACCUGGCGAUGAGCGAGAAGGGUUACACGACGUACCCCUUCUCGGAGGAGUUCUUGAAGACCCAGAAGGCUUGAAGAUGGACUGCAAGCUUUGGGUUGUAGAUUAGGAACCUAGUAGAUGCUCGCGUGUACGCUCGGCAUGGGCAGGAUAUAGAGGCGAAUACAUACUAUAUAUUACCCGC